GGACUUUCCCAAAGACGGUUGUGUAUUUUCUCGACUCUACAAAGCACAAGGAUUAUUUUUAGUGAUUGUUAAGUGGUCGUUUUCCACCCAAAAUAGAGCUGUUUUCCGUGAAUUGUGAGAGAAACGUGUUGGUGCUAGAUGUCUGUCAGUUUUGAUGGGAGAUUUUAUUGGGCAGAUAUUGAAGAGUUCAACGAAACAAUCCUCACCGAGAAUAUUCCUUUAUUUAACGGAGGAAAAGCGGAUACCAAAGAACUAGAGGAACGGAGGAGGGGUUUGACAAAUUGGAAAACCAGCGGAAAGGAUGUGAGUGCGUGUUUGCUUUACUGAGAGAGCGACGACGACGACAACAUCGGCAAGGAUUUAAUUAGAAAAGUCAAUGGUUAUAGUCGUUCUGAGGCUCCUCUGGGGAACAGUGAUGAUGUUGCCUGCGAAGGAUACGGUUCAUCUACCAGAAGAAGCUCCUCCAAACUGGAUGUCUACAGUUUUCGACAACACUUGUUCUCCUGUGUAGUGAACAUAAGAUGUAGUUCAAUGGUGGAGAUGCUGCUUGCGGGAAUCAUGUGAUACUGUACAAACAUAAGAAGAUAAAUAGCUUUUUGGGGGCAGUGGAUUGCCCUAUUUCUCCUACUAGUUGUUGCUCCGACGAUCCUUAUCUGUGAGUCACAAAUAAGAUUUCCUCUCGUGCUGUUUGGGCUUCUUGACUACAGUAGACAAUCCGACAACCAUCUGUGGAAUACGCUUUAGUGUUAGUGAAUUAUGUGCAAAUAUUGUGAGCUGAAAGCAAAGCAAGUGAUGUAAUCUAAAUAAGCGACAAACUAGCAAUAUCUACAUUCGUAAAUCUCGCCGUUAAGUGUAAGCAAGUCGAGAAAUAUAAAAUGGCCUUACAGAAAAAGUUGUCCAAUAACGAAUUCGAGUUGAUCUCGAUUAAUAAAAUGAACAACAAUAACAACGGUAGUGCUCCAAACAACGCCACUAUGAACAACGACCCCAAUGGGAACGGUAUUACAGGUAUAAUCAGCAACGGUGGUAACAACAGCAACAACGGAAACAGCAAUAGCAACAGCGGCGCCAAGAUGCAGCCCAAGAAGAUUCAGUUCAGUACUCCAGAGUUCAGCAUUACGCCUAUUGAGACGCUGCCCGGGAGCGCUGCACGACCACCGCCAAGUCGAAGAAGGGAAGAAGCCAUCGUAAUGGCCAACCUCCGCAAACGAGUUGCCGCCGUGGAUCUGAACAAGGCCCCGCGCAGAAAUACCACCGCCACCAAUCUGGAUGACAUCAGUUUCAACGACACCGGCCAAACGCAGGACCAGCUGGACAAUCGCCCGCUUCUGCCAAAGUCACUCGGCCAGUCCACUCCGGACCGUAAGGAUCGCCAGAAAAACGGCACCAGCGACGGAGGGGAAGAUUCCCCUAAAGUGAAAGUGGUCAUGGAUAAGGAUUUUAUCUUUGAAUGUUUGUGUUGGCACAACGAGUAUCGGAUGCGACACGGAGCACCGGCUCUGACUAUCUCGUCUGAACUGUGCGAGUACGCGUCGGCUUGGGCGAACCAUUUGGCAAGUACCAAUGAGCUGUACUACCAAAGCGGAACCACCUAUGGACAGAACAUAUUCUGCUGUCCGGCGAACUCCCUGCUCACGGAUCUUUCGGGUCAAGAAGUGGCAACGUACUGGUACAGCACCAGCAGGAGGUACGACUACUUCAAAGAAAGUCACCUGCUGCACACCAACGUCAACACCGGUCACUUCAGCCAGAUGGUGUGGCGGGCUAGCAAGUACUUCGGUGUCAGCAAAUCCAUCUCCAAAACGGGUAAACUGUUUGUGGUGGCGUAUUACUACCCGGCCGGCAACGUAAUGGGUGAGUUCCGACAGAAUGUCCUGCCGCCCAUCGUGGCCACCGAUGAUCCCCACCUGUCGCGACCACCCUCGAGCAAGGAUCUGGAAAAUUUGAGUGCUUCCCACUGAGUAAAUAAGAAACGGUGUUCCAUUAUGUAACAUAUAAGAUACUUCCUAAGCCGCAGACUAACCGCAUGGAUUUCAUCGUUUUUAAAAAGGCUUGCCCAACCUCGUGUACAGCCGCAUAACAAUUCUUAGUUGACGUUCGCGCUUAGACAAAAACCGUUACCGUAACGAACAACGAGCUUCAAUCAUAAUCGCUAGGGCAUCAACCAUAGAACGAUACUCGUAACUAUAAAACUCUCGCAACCAAAAAUUAAACAGGCCAAAUAGUAGAAAUAAUCAAUAGUCGAAACAGCUUCCGCUAAUCGUCGUUAACCAAGCUUCUACCAACCACACAGUAACAAAGUCAUUCCAGCCGCGGAAAACGUUCGCCCCGCACACUCAACUCAACAACUGCAUUUAGGGACCUUACGUCUUUCACUCCAUUUAGGGAACCACGCAGUCAAUCGUUUUCCGUUCGAUCGAAAGUAUUUAAAUAAACAGAACAGUGCAGGUGAAGCGCAACAAACGAUUACGAAAAUUUAUAGGUGUAGUAGCAUAAAGUAAAUCAUGUUAAAACUCAUUAGACUGCUUGCCGUUGUGAAAAAUAAAAAAGUUGUUGUAAGUGGAA